UUAUUUCAGUAAUAGUCAAAUAACACAAUGAAACUCAACUCCAUCGCAAUAAACAGCUUCUUGGUAACAAUGGUAGCUUGUUUCCCAGAUGUAAGCGUUAGCUCGAGGUCUCACUGCGUUGGCACCUGUUAUUCUGGAGGACUUUUCCCAGAACCCCAAGACAUCUUCCAUGGAAAACAUCUCAAGGGAUACUCCUACAAGAACAUCACCACUGAUGAUCCAGUCAAGUGCUACUCAUCUUGUGUCCAAGAUUGUCGUUGUAAGGCGUGCCAGAUGAAAGAUGCAAGAUGCGAGUUGCUGGAUGAGGACAAGACUUCCAAAACCUUAACAGAUGCGCCAGGAUACGUACACUUUGAUCUCAAGCAGACAAUGUACCAAGGGAAAUCCCACAUGGUUCCACCAGGUGUUUGCUAUAAUGGCUGCUGUCGAUCUCAGCCUUGCAUGAACGGAGGAAAAUGCAAAGAGCGCUGCGAAUCACCUAAAGAAAAGUUCACCUGUACAUGUCCCUUUAUGUUUUUGGGAAAAGUAUGCGAAAAGACUCCAAAUUCUUGUCUAAGCAUCUUGAAGUCUGCACCGGAUGGUAUCUUCCCAGGAGACGGAGUCUACAYAGUGACUAACAAUAAGUAUGGCACGGUAAGACAAAUCUAUUGUGACUUCGAGRCUCCMAACAUCGCUUGGACCUUGAUAGAAUCUUUUUCCAGAGAUAUGAACUAUAAAUACAAAAUUAAAGCGUUCCAUCAACGUUAUAGUCAAAACAGCGAAAAGUCACCAGASUCACACUGGGGCGACUAUAGGGUAGGACUCCCUUURAUGACKCAAAUCCACGAUGACAACUCAACCAUGUUUCGAGCCACAUGUAACUUUCCCAAUCGUACGAGUAUCYUSACGCCUGACUAUGUUCUUGGGUAUUUAAGUGACUUUGACAUCAUUACAGAGGGAGACUUGCAUAAUGGUGCGUGCAAGAGGUUUUCUUACAUGAAUAUUAGAAACCAGGAAWUUCGCAAUGUCACGGUACCAGUAUGGCACAAGAUGAAUGUUUUUCAUCUUCAUAUUGGAUAUCCCAUGAAUAGUAAACCACCACUUUGCGGCUUUGAACCGUUACAAGAUGCAAUAAGCGGCGAGGCUUGCUUUGGAUAUUAUAAUAAAUACCAUCCAGAUUUCAAAUGCGUUGAGACCGGGAACUCAACUACMCAGUGGUGGUUAGGAGGAAAGAAAUAAAGAUCAUGAAAACCUGUAAAGAUGGACACUGGACCAUCCACUGCAAGGAAGACUAUAGGAUAGCUUAGAGUCCAGAUUUUUUAACUCAUAUUUGAUUUUGUCUCCUUACAAUUGUCCUUAACCUUUCAUAUAAUUUCAAACUAUUGUUUUAGUAAUUAUUUUCUUUACCUUAUGUUUUAUUGCUUUUCUCCUUACAUGUACUUACCAUUGUAACACUAAAUGACAGAGGCUAACUAUAAAACAUAUCAGUUAAUUUAGCUCUCUGGCUGUUUCAUUUUCCACGGUGAACCACAUCAAGAAGAAAAUGCACGAGCUGGUGUAUUCGAACAAAUUGCUUUAUUACAGAUAAAAAAUAAUAAUAUCCAUAAAAAUCUAUAACAUUAUGAUUAGAAAAAACUGAGAAUUUUAAAACUGUUCUCAUCGUA